CCCUCCGCGCAGCGCCUGGCGCCGCGGCCGCAGCGCUCCCAUCGCGCGGGCUGUGCCAUGGCGCCGCCACCCCCCGCCGGGCCCCGCUCGCCUCGGCCCGGCCCCGCUGGCUCCGGCGGAACCACGGCACUGGCGCCAUGAGCUCACGGCAGCCGGACGCUCCCGCGCUGGAGCCGGGCGGCGGGGCCCGCCCGGGCAAGAUGUCGCUGCCGCUCGGGGUGCCCCGGCGGGCGUUCAGCUACGACGACGCUCUGGAGGACACGGCGCCCAUGACGCCGCCGCCCGCCGACCUCUGCGCCAGCGUCCUCUGGAAGGAGCCGGUGAUCCCCGGGCGCAGGUACCAGGAGCUGCUGAAGAUGGAGGAAGGAGAUGCUGACCUGAAUGCACCCGUAAUAACUCCUUCAUCAUCCACUGAAAGUGUGAACAAGGUACCAGUGGUGAAGGCCAAGGCCACUCAUAUCAUCAUGAACUCUCUCAUUACAAAGCAGACUCAGGAGAGCAUCCAGCGCUUUGAGCAGCAGGCAGGCCUGAGGGAUGCUGGCUACACCCCCCACAAAGGCCUCACUACUGAGGAGACCAAGUAUCACCGGGUGGCUGAGGCAGUCCAUAAGCUAAAAAUGCAGAGUGGAGAGAUGUCAAAAGAUGACAAACAGACUUCUUCUGCUCAGUCCACUCCAAGCAGCACUCCCCACUCCUCUCCAAAGCAUAAAACCAGGGGUUGGUUUGGUCAGGGAUCUUCUGCUUCUAUCACUGGCCCAGACUUUGCCAUGGAAGCUGGUGGGGACAAGUUAUCUGAAAGAUGGAGCUUUUUUGGACCCAAAGCCAUCCAGAAAUCCACUACUGAUCCAGGAGGAUUUACCAUCCAAUCCUAUAAGGGUGCCCAGAAGCCCUCCCCAAUGGAGCUGAUGCGUGCUCAGGCUACUAGGAUGCCAGAGAAUCCAGUCACCUUCAAGCCACCCAAAAUGGACAUUCCAGUCACAGAAGGGAGGAAGCAAUCUCCACGUUCCCAUAACAUCAAACCUCGGGAUCUGAAUGUGCUCACUCCUUCUGGGUUCUAGGGAGAAAGCUUCUGGUGUCUUUAGUGGGCUACAGGGUGUCUUAGGCUCUGCUUCCUGGUCCCGUUGUGCUGCAGUGAAAUACGCAAGUCUCCCAGCUCUUCAUCUCAGAAAAGGAGACAGUUGUAACUGUUCUCCUAAAACCAGUCUUGGAAAAACUUGUGCACCAGUACUGAACCAGUGCAAACCAUUCUGUCUGCUGUACUGCACCAGUUUGGUCUGUUGGGCUGCACUAGAUGCACUUCCUGGUACACUACACCACACUAAAACCUUGGGCCAUGUUUUGUGGGACCAUGCAUGUGGUGUGCAAGCAGGCUGGCUUCUCUACCUGUAGUCUUGAUUGUCUUGUCCUGCUCAGUGCUGAAGUAUCCUCAGGAGGACCAUGGUUCUGUCUGGCAUAUGUAGAACACCAACAGAAAAUGAAGAAAACAAGCAAAACAAGAAAACUGGACCAUUAACUGCCAGAAGAAAGUUGCUCUGGGAAUGUGGUGGGUCAGUUUUAAAUGUGGUACCCCCUCAGUGUCCAGUGUGACCUGACAGUUGAACACCUGGUCCUACUUUGUUCUUGGGAUUUUUUUUUUAAGGAGAAGUGGAGCAGUGACUGUUCUAAGAUGCUCUUAUUAGAAAGGCAGGUGCAGAAUCUAAUGGGGCAUUGCAGUAAUGAGGAAGAAUUGAUUCUCUUUCAACUCCUUGUGUUCCUCCAUAAAGGUGGAAAUGACCAGAGCUGGUGUGGCUUGAACCAAGUAAUCCUCUCUUUCUGCAAAGCAACACUGUCUUGCCUACUAGCCAACAGACUUGGUUGUUCUGGCACUGUGGCUGCUGCUUGAUUUGUUGUUUUUUUUCUAGCAUCUGGUAUGAAUCAUGUAGAAGUGUACUAGACACCAGGGGCACUUCUAAAAUAGUGUUUUUGUUUGUUUUAUCAUUAAAUGCAUUUUGUGGGACUGGGGAAGGACUGAGGGCAGAUCAAGGCUAAACAUUCCUCCCUGUGAUACAGCGAUGUAGUUUUUGGCCUAGUCAGAACCAGAUACUAGGAACAGCUAACACCUGCUUUCCUGAGAAGUGGAAGGAGCUUCUGAGCUACCAUCUAAUCCCAUUAAGCAUUAUAUAGACAGUGUUGCUCUAGUCUUUUCCUGUCAUGUGGCAAACUGGUCUCCUCUUGAUCUCCUGGCUGUUGCAGAGCUCUCUCAGCCAGCAGCAGGUGCUCUGGGGUGAGGUGGCAGCAGCAGCCUUGCUUCUGCUACUGGAAGCUUCUCUGUUGCCAGGACAUUUUGCAGAAGUUAAUGAACAGCUGGUAACCAUUGAGCUUUGGGGCUUCUGUCUUAGACCAAGCAUUCCUCCUGGAAGGUGAGGCGGGGGUUGCUCACUAGGGUAGCUGCUGUCCCCUCCAAAGCAGGUUUUGUGGCUCUGCUUCUCAAGCUUUGACAGCACUGCCAAUGAUGUGUUGUGUUGAAAAUCUCCCACCCAACCAAGCAGUUUUUCACUAUCGCCACUCAUUUGCACCUUAGCAAUCAGAAUCUCAUGUGACAUUAAUUUAUUUGUUGUCUGUAUUCAUGUCUCUAAUGUGUGAUUUUUUUUUUGUUUUGUUACAAGAAAAUAAAAUACCUGUGAAUGGA